AUGGGGGCACCGUUCGAGGGAAUCAUUCAAGAUGUUAAAGGAAGAGUUAAAUGCUAUAAACAAGAUUGGGUCUGUGCAAUCUGUUCUGGUGUUAGCAUAUUGGCUCCAACUUUCUACAUAUUCUUUGCUUCUGCACUUCCUGUUAUUGCAUUUGGAGAGCAACUUAGUAGGGAUACAAAUGGAAGCUUGAGCACGGUCGAAACAUUAGCAUCUACUGCUAUUUGUGGAAUUAUCCACUCGAUUAUAGGUGGCCAACCUUUGUUGACUUUAGGAGUUGCGGAACCGACUGUUAUAAUGUAUACUUAUCUCUACAAUUUCGGCAAAAAUACACCUGAUUUGGGUGUUGAGCUCUUUCUAGCUUGGGCUGGUUGGGUUUGUUUUUGGACGGCGUUCAUGUUAAUUUUGCUUGCAAUUUUUAAUGCUUGCAAUAUUAUCACUAGAUUUACAAGAAUUGCAGGGGAGUUAUUUGGCAUGCUUAUCACUGUUCUUUUCUUUCAAGAGGCUAUAAAGGGACUGGUAGGCGAGUUCAGCAAUCCCAAAGUUGAAGAACCUUCCUCGGAGCAAAUUCAAUGGCAAAGAGCAAGAACAUGGCGAUAUGGAACAAAGAAACUACGAGGCUUUAUUGCAGAUUAUGGGGUUCCAAUGAUGGUUGUGUUGUGGACUGCAGUAUCUUAUAUAAAGCCAAGCACUGUUCCACAUGAUGUUCCUAGAAGGCUGUUUUGUCCACUUCCCUGGGAACCCGCGUCUCUUUAUCACUGGACAGUAGCGAAGGAUAUGUGGAAGUGUGGCUUCUAA